GCGAUCGUUCGAGCAGCGACUAUAUAAACGCCGCGCAAACUGAUCGCGUGCUUUAGUUAGAGCGUGGAUAUAUUUUCAAAAUAAAAUUCGAAAAGCGCAUUAUUAUCAAACAAAUAAGCAACAAAAAGAGAAAAUUCAAAGUGUGGUAAAUAGCAGAAGUUAAGAAAUUGUCGAGUUAACUACGUUAAACACACAAAAGAACAACAAAAUUCAACAAAAAACUGCACCACAAUGAGUGGACGAGAUAACCGUGGCAGUGGCCACCAACCGCUCAGCAAUGCAAUGGGCAAAAUAAAGGACAAACUCACGCGUUCAACGGACAGCUACGAACGCGUCGAAGAGGGACUCUCUCAAUCCAACACAGCAACCAGUUUGGACACAAUUCUACCCGAGGAUCCAUUCCUCUUUCCACGAGGACCCACAGCACAGCAAAGACAAAUGGUGCCGCAAAAUAAUUUCAGCGUCGACGAUACACCUCUACAGUUUGGUCCAAUCAUUGAAGACAAUGACAUACGCGCCCCACCCACAUUGCCGCUGCCUAGCAGUCAGACUAAAACUGGCGGCGGCAAUAAGGAUUUCGUGGCGCUACCACCUCCACCGUCGUCACAGCACAGUCACCGCGAUCACCACCAGCGCAGCACAGUUUCGCUAGCCAAUGAUGACCUGCAACGCAGCAAGCAGUCGCUAAAGGGAUCGCGCGUGUCCUUCGAGCGUCGCUCUGUUGACAGCAGUGAUGAGGAUAAUUUCGAGAGCCUGCGCAGUGGCUAUCAACAACAGAAAACAAUUAGCGUAGACCACAAGGGUAUAUUGAAGGACCUCAAAAACAUACUUGCAAACGACAAUCGUCGGCAGUUUCAAGCUAAAAAACAUGUCUCGCUUGAUGUGAAAGGUACACGCUUUCUGGAAGACAUGCUGAAAGAAUCCUCCUCUGAGGAAGAAUUUCGUAAAAAUCGACGAGAAUUCCAAGGUCGAAAACAUCAAAGUUUAGAUCCCCGCGUCAGCUUCAGGCUGGAAAAGGUGCUGCAGGGUUCCAGUACAGACAGUGAAGAGGAAGCGGAUGAUGUGGAGCAUAAGCGUUUAAUACACCGCCCCAAGGACAUAACCAAGCCGGUCAUUAUUGAUCUCAAGGACUUGGAAAGUGAAAGUGAGGAGGAUUAUUUGACAAGUCGUCAACAUUUCCAGCAACAACGCUCCAUAAGUACAGACUCCCGAAAGAGCCAUAGACUGUAUGAAAUGGAUGAAAUGGGUAAAAAGAAAAAUGAAAACCUGCGCAACGCUGUACCUUUUGUCAGACAAAUCACCGAGGAUGGCAAACCCAAACUGGAAGUGUACCGACCGACAACGAAUCCAAUAUAUAUUUGGACGCAGGUACUUGCUGCACUUAGCGUGUCCCUGGGUUCAUUGGUUGUUGGUUUCUCAUCCGCCUAUACCUCGCCAGCCUUGGUCUCCAUGACUGAUCGGAAUUACACAGACUUCGACGUAACACCACAAGCGGCCUCUUGGGUCGGUGGUCUAAUGCCUUUGGCGGGCUUAGCCGGUGGCAUUGCUGGCGGUCCCUUCAUUGAAUACCUUGGUCGUCGUAACACUAUCCUCGCAACCGCUGUGCCCUUCAUUAUCUCAUGGCUGCUAAUCGCCUGUGCUGUUAACGUUGGUAUGGUGCUAGCUGGCCGUGCGCUGGCCGGCUUCUGCGUGGGUAUUGCUUCGCUCUCGCUGCCCGUGUACUUAGGUGAAACGGUACAGCCUGAAGUACGUGGCUCAUUGGGUCUGUUGCCUACUGCUUUCGGUAAUAUAGGCAUAUUACUGUGUUUCGUUGCCGGUACAUACAUGGAUUGGUCGAAGCUAGCCUUCCUUGGUGGUGCACUACCUGUGCCCUUCCUGAUACUUAUGUUCCUUAUACCCGAAACUCCACGUUGGUAUGUUUCACGUGGACGUGAAGAUCGUGCUCGUCGUGCUCUACAAUGGCUGCGUGGUAGACAAGCCGAUGUGGAACCUGAAUUGAAGGGUCUAUUGCGAACACAAGCUCAAGCUGACCGACAUGCAACAGGCAAUCAGCUAAUGGAGUUGAUGAGGCGCAGCAAUUUGAAGCCUUUAUCCAUUUCGUUGGGUCUUAUGUUCUUCCAGCAGCUCAGCGGCAUAAAUGCAGUCAUUUUCUAUACAGUAUCGAUAUUUCAAGAUGCGGGAUCGACCAUUGAUGGCAAUGUGUGUACAAUCAUUGUGGGUGUGGUGAACUUUAUAGCGACAUUUAUGGCAACUGUACUUAUCGAUCGGCUGGGACGUAAGAUUUUACUGUAUAUCUCCGAUGUGGCCAUGAUUCUUUCACUUUUCACACUUGGCGGUUUCUUCUACUGCAAAGCAGCUGGCAUGGAUAUCUCUGAAAUUGGUUGGUUGCCACUGGCUAGUUUUGUAAUCUACGUAGUUGGCUUUUCACUCGGUUUUGGACCCAUUCCCUGGUUGAUGAUGGGCGAGAUAUUGCCAUCAAAGAUUCGUGGCUCAGCCGCAUCGGUGGCCACGGCUUUCAACUGGUCAUGUACAUUCAUCGUAACGAAGACUUUCCGCGACAUGAUUGACACAAUGGGUGCGCAUGGUGCAUUCUGGCUUUUUGGUUCCAUCUGUGUGGUGGGCUUGUUCUUCGUGAUACUGUAUGUGCCAGAGACGCAGGGCAAAACUCUUGAAGAUAUUGAACGCAAAAUGAUGGGUCGCGUGCGUCGUAUGUCCUCUGUGGCGAACAUGAAACCGCUGUCCUUCAAUAUGUAGAAUGGUAUUACUCAAGUCCGGCAUGCGUAGAGCGUAUGCGUAAUACAUGUACAUAAAAAUAUAUAUGUGUACAUACAUACAACCAAAUAC